CCCCGGUGGGCGGGGUCUCGAGUUGGGAGGAAGUUGCGGCCAGCAGCAGGGAGAGAAGCUCGGGGUCACCGCAGCAGGCACACCUCUUAGCUAAACGCUCGUUCUCGCUGUCUGCAGCACCCUCUGCUUCCUUCGUGGGCAACGACAUCCAGCGGCUGGGACAUUCAUCAUGUCUAUUCUCAAGAUUCAUGCCAGAGAGAUCUUUGACUCCAGGGGGAACCCCACUGUGGAGGUUGAUCUCUACACCAACAAAGGUCUCUUUAGAGCUGCUGUGCCCAGUGGUGCCUCGACUGGCAUCUAUGAGGCACUUGAGCUUCGGGACAAUGACAAGACCCGCUAUAUGGGGAAAGGUGUCUCACAGGCUGUUGAGCACAUCAAUAACACUAUUGCGCCUGCCCUGGUUAGCAAGAAGCUGAAUGUUGUGGAGCAGGAGAAGAUUGACAAGCUGAUGAUAGAGAUGGAUGGGACAGAGAAUAAAUCUAAAUUUGGGGCAAAUGCCAUUUUGGGUGUGUCCCUGGCAGUCUGCAAGGCCGGUGCUGUUGAGAAGGGAGUGCCCCUGUAUCGCCACAUCGCUGAUUUGGCUGGCAACCCUGAAGUCAUUCUUCCAGUUCCCGCUUUCAAUGUUAUCAACGGAGGCUCUCAUGCUGGCAACAAGUUGGCCAUGCAGGAGUUUAUGAUCCUCCCUGCUGGGGCAGCAAACUUCAAGGAAGCCAUGCGCAUUGGAGCAGAGGUUUACCACAACCUGAAGAAUGUCAUCAAGGAGAAAUAUGGAAAGGAUGCCACCAACGUGGGGGAUGAAGGUGGAUUUGCUCCCAACAUCCUGGAAAAUAAAGAAGCCCUGGAGCUGCUGAAAAAUGCCAUCGCAAAGGCUGGCUACGCCGACAAGGUUGUCAUCGGCAUGGAUGUGGCUGCUUCUGAGUUCUUCCGGUCGGGAAAGUAUGACCUGGACUUCAAGUCACCCGAUGAUCCCAGCAGGUACAUCUCAGCCAGUGAGCUGGGCAACCUGUACAAGUCUUUCAUCAGUGACUACCCAGUGGUGUCUAUUGAAGAUCCCUUCGACCAGGAUGACUGGGAAGCUUGGCGGGACUUCACUGCCACUGCAGGCAUCCAGGUGGUAGGGGAUGACCUCACAGUGACCAACCCAAAGCGGAUUGCCAAGGCUGUAGAAGAGAAGUCCUGCAACUGCCUGCUGCUGAAAGUGAACCAGAUUGGCUCUGUGACUGAAUCUCUGCAGGCGUGCAAACUGGCCCAGUCCAAUGGGUGGGGCGUCAUGGUAUCUCAUCGCUCUGGGGAGACUGAGGACACCUUCAUUGCCGACCUGGUGGUGGGGCUCUGCACUGGGCAGAUCAAGACUGGCGCACCUUGCCGAUCUGAGCGCUUGGCCAAGUACAAUCAGAUCCUCAGGAUUGAAGAGGAACUGGGCAGCAAGGCUAAGUUUGCCGGCAGGAACUUCAGAAACCCCCUUGCCAAGUAAGCUCAGGGCCAGCAGGCCCCAAGCUCCUCAGACACUCGUCAGCUUUUUAGACCUCUGCUCCUGAUGUCAAUGGGCAGCUCAAGGCCCUCAGCCAAUCCUGCCAGGAACCUCUGCCCUCCGAUCCCUGUGUUUUCACUGCUUCCUUAGAACUUCAGCAGAAGCCAAGCUUGACCACCUGGACCCUUUGGAAAUCCAACUGUAAUCAUGUGGUUGACCCAAAUCAUUGUUUCUCUCCCUUGACUUCCCACCAAGUGUCUGGAGCCACAUACCUCCAUAUUGUGAUCUCCAAGGUGUCCACAGACAAGAUCCCCAGUGAUGGUGUGUGCAAAAUAAAAAAACCUCAGUGACCUGUAGGAAAA